AUGGAAUGCACAGGACAAAAUUCCUCACUGGGGAACCACACUGCAUUGGUGGAAUUCAUCCUGAUUGGUUUUUCUGAUGUUCCCAACCUUCAAGGAUUUCUUUUUGGUGUAUUUCUGAUAAUCUAUUUCCUUAUUCUUAUGGGAAAUAGCCUAAUUAUCACAAUAACUAAGGUUGAACCUUCCCUCCAGACCCCCAUGUAUUUCUUCCUUAGGAAUUUUUCCCUGUUGGAAAUUUGUUAUGUGUCAGUUACUGUCCCCAGAUUAUUAGCAGAUCUCUGUAGACAACAUGGAAAAAUUUCCUUUCUGUCCUGUGCUAUUCAAAUGUAUUUCUUUCUGAUCUUGGCAGACACUGAGUGCUUUAUUCUCACUGCCAUGGCUUAUGACAGGUAUGUUGCCAUUUGCAACCCAUUACUCUACCCUGUCAUCAUGAAUGAUAGGUUGUGUAUGCAGAUGGCAGUUGCUUGCUGGACCACUGCAAUUCCGGUACAUAUAGGAUUCACAUCCAUGGUCUUCUCUUCAACCUUCUGUGGAUGUAACCAUUUGGAUCACUUUUUCUGUGAAGCACCUGCAGUUGUGCAGCUUAUUUGUGGGGAUGCUUUCAUGAUUGAAAUGUUGCUGUAUCUGAUUACUACACUAGUUGCCAGUAUACCUUCUUUUCUGAUAGUUGGAUCUUAUGUGAAAAUAGUCUCCACCAUCCUGAGGCUGCCAUCAGCAACUGGGAGAGCCAAGGCCUUCUCGACCUGUUUUUCCCAUCUCAUGGUUGUCACUUUAUUCUAUGGAUCAGGCAUCUGUGUGUAUUUCAAGUCUAAGAAUAGUCGCUCAACAGGAAUGGACAAAUUCCUUUCUCUUUUUUAUACUAUUUUGAUACCAAUAUUAAACCCCAUUAUAUACUGUCUAAGAAACAAAGAUGCUAUGGUGGCCUUGGAGAAAUUCUUACACAAAUGGAUUGUGCUGUGA